AUGGCAGAGAACAAAGGAUACGGCCACAGGCUGUUUUUUCUUUUUCUUUUUCUCCACCCCACCAACGGUGACAUGAGCUACUCUAUUCCAGAGGAGAUGAAACGUGGAUCUGUAAUCGGGAAUAUUGCCAAGGAUUUGGGAUUAAAUGUGGGCCAGUUUUCUGCUCGUAAAGCACGUAUUGAUCCAGAGGACAACGACGUACAUCACUGCGGCAUUAACCUCAACACAGGAGACUUGACGGUUCAGGAAAGGAUUGACAGAGAGGGGCUGUGCGGUAAAAAGGCAUCAUGUUUUUUAAAACAGCAACUUGUACUGGAAAACCCAUUAGAACUACACCGUAUUAAUAUCCGUGUUCAAGAUAUCAAUGAUAAUUCACCAAUGUUUAAUGAAGACUUGCUUAAAUUAGAAAUUCAAGAAUCGGCACAUAAGGGGGCUCGUUUUCGUCUUGGAGAGGCACACGAUGCAGAUAUAGGAGACAAUGCUGUUCAAACCUACACUUUACAGCAGAAUGAUAAUUUUAAAUUAAAUGUAAAUUCCAAACCAGGUGGACGAAAGUCCUGCGAUUUGGUCUUGGACAAAGAAUUAGACAGAGAGGAUAAAAAAGACAUGAUGCUCUUGCUGACUGCCUAUGAUGGCGGCUCUCCUCAGAGAUCAGGCACUGUAGUCAUACACGUCACUGUGCUUGAUGCUAAUGAUAACGAACCAGUAUUUAGUCAGACAGUCUAUAAAGCAAGUCUGACUGAAAACUCACCAACUGACACAUUGGUAAUCACAGUCAGUGCAAGUGAUGCAGAUGAAGGGUUGAAUAGUGAACUCACAUAUGCCAUUGACCAUAUUUCUGAUGAGAAUAGUAAUGUCUUUACUUUAAACCCCAAAACUGGAGAAGUGAGAGUGGCUGGUGUUGUGGAUUAUGAGAAAGUGAAAUCAUAUGAAAUGCAAAUAAGCGCUAAAGAUGGUCUUGGCUUAGUGUCAUAUUCAACAUUAACUAUUGACCUUACUGAUGUAAAUGACAACUCCCCUAUUAUCAAUUUGAAGUCACUGUCUAAUUCAGUGGCAGAGAAUGUGCCACCUGGCACUGAGGUGGGCAUCAUUAAUGUGCAGGACAGAGACUCUGAGCAGAAUGGACAGGUCCACUGCUCCAUUCAACAAAACGUCCCUUUUAAGCUAGUUGCUUCCAUUCCGAACUAUUAUUCUCUGGUGACGACUGGACAACUGGACCGUGAACUUGUGUCUGAUUACAACAUUACAAUCAGUGCCACUGAUGAAGGCACUCCUCCUCUGUCCUCCUCUAAAAGCGUUCAAUUGUCCAUAGCAGACAUUAAUGACAACCCACCUGUGUUUGAGGAAGAGUCCUACAGUACAUAUGUGACUGAAAACAACAAGGCUGGCUCAACUUUAUGUUCUGUUAGUGCUCGAGACCUGGACUGGAGACAGAACGGUAGUGUGAUUUAUUCUCUAUUAGCCACUGAGGUAAAUAGUGCCCCAAUUUCCUCCUUUGUGUCUGUUAACGGAGACACAGGGGAAAUUAAUGCCGUCAGGUCGUUUGACUAUGAACAUUUGAGGAGUUUUAAAGUCCACGUCAUGGCCAGAGACAAUGGUUCUCCUCCACUGAGCAGCAACGUGAGUGUCAGUGUGUUUGUCUCAGACGUGAAUGACAACUCUCCUCAGAUACUGUACCCUGCUCCGGAGGGCAACUCCUUCAUGACUGAACUGGUCCCCAAAGCUGCACACAGCGGCUCUGUGGUGUCCAAAGUGAUAGCGGUGGACGCAGACUCCGGACAGAAUGCCUGGUUAUCCUAUCAUAUAGUCAAGUCCACAGAUCCAGGAAUAUUCACCAUUGGUCUCCACAGUGGAGAGAUCAAGACCCAGCGAGACAUUUUGGAAUCUGACAACAUGAAACAGAACUUGAUUGUGGCAGUGAAAGAUAACGGACAGCCCAGUCGCUCUGCCACCUGCUCCAUGUAUUUACUUCUUUCCGAUAACCUGGCUGAGGUUCCAGAACUGAAGGACAUUUCUUAUGAGGAGAAGAAUUCCAAACUGACCUCCUAUCUGAUCAUCGCCCUGGUGUCUGUUUCCACCUUCUUUCUGACCUUCAUUAUUAUUGUCCUGGGUGUGAGGUUUUGCCAUAGGAGAAAGCCCAGAUUGUUGUUUGACGGAGCAGUUUCCAUUCCCAGUGCGUAUCUCCCUCCUAAUAACGUGGAUGUUGACGGCACAGGAACUUUACGCAGCACCUACAACUAUGAUGCCUACUUGACUACGGGCUCCAGAACUAGUGACUUCAAGUUUGUUUCAUCUUACAAUGAUAUCACGCUUCCUGCUGAGCAGACGCUGAGGAAAAGUCCAAGUGACUUUGUUGAUGAGCUUCAGGAAUCUUUUGACCCCUUGGAGGUAGGCAGCUUUCCUUUCCAAGAAACUCCUUUAUCCUAA